AUGACUGAGGACACUACUCGCUCCUCCAAUGGAGGACAGCUUCCGGCUCUCCAAUCAAAAGAACAUCGCGACCUCCUUGAUAUAGUCGACAGACUGCGCUUACAGGGAUUGAGCCGAUACAUUGACUUACCGCAAAUCAUUGUUUGCGGCGAUCAAUCAUCGGGCAAAAGCUCGGCCCUCGAGGCAAUUUCGGGUUUGUCGUUCCCAACUAAGGAUAACCUUUGUACCCGGUUUGCUAUUGAGCUCAUUCUCCGUCGUGUCAACAAGACGAGUGAUGAUCUUGAUAUCAGCAUUAUCCCCGGCCCCGAGCGGAAUGAGCAAGAAAAGGCUCGGCUCCAGAAGUUCGCGUUCAGGGGUGCCGUAACAGAUCUGGACCUCGCCAGUGUUAUCGAGGAUGCAAAAGCCGCCAUGGGAAUCGGCGAAACGUCCAAGGUCUUCAGCACCGACAUCCUUCGUGUAGAGAUCUCGGGGCCGUCGCAACCACAUCUCACCAUCGUUGACCUUCCUGGCUUGUUCUUGGCCGGUAAUAAGGAUCAAUCCGAGCAAGAUGCAGCUUUGGUCGAACAGCUCGUUUUGUCGUAUAUGAAGAACGAGAGAACAAUCAUUCUUGCGGUUGUAUCGGCCAAGAACGACUUUGCGCUUCAACAGAUCACCAAGCAUGCCAGACGUCUUGACCCCCAGGGGAACCGAACGCUGGGCCUUAUUACAAAGCCAGACACCCUGGAUCCCGGGUCUGACAGUGAGAGGUUCUAUAUCGAGCUCGCCCAAAAUUUGGAUGUUAAAUUCCGCCUCGGAUGGCACGUUCUUAGAAACCGCAACUAUGCAGAACGUCACAGCACAUCAGCGGAGCGCGAUGCCGUUGAGGCAGAGUUCUUCUCCAAGGGAGCCUGGACUUCUCUGAAGCCUUCUCAGAAAGGCGUUGCUGCACUGCGAUUGAGACUGAGCCAUGUUUUACGAGAGCACAUCUCGAAACAGCUUCCUCGUGUGAUUGACGACGUGAAUGAGGGUGUUCAAGAAUGCAAGGACACGUUGGCGAGACUUGGUUCGCCCAGAAACACCACAGUGGAACAACGGCGGUAUCUAAUGGCGAUCAGCACCUCGUUCACGGACGUUGUCAAGGCUGCCAUUAAUGGCGAUUACAACACCAGCCCACUGCUUGCCACGUCACCUCAGUGGCGUAUCCGCGCUGUUGUGCAAAACACCCUGACGAGGUUCGCGAGAGAGAUGCAGGUGAAGGGACAUGAGAGAAGGAUCAUCGAUGAGUCACUGCAUGUCGACCAGCUAGAGAAUGGCAGCAUAUGGAGCCUGAAGUUCGAGGAUGAUGGCUUGCCUCCAGCCGUGUCCAUGGAGGAUUACAUGGAAGAGGUAAAGCAGCUACUUCAAGAAACUCGGGGUAGGGAGCUCCCUGGCACAUACAACCCUCUCAUCGUCUCGGAGCUGUUUGGAAAGCAGGCAAGGCCAUGGAAAGGCAUGCUUAGCGCUUUGUUAAAUGAGCUGUUUGGCAGGGCGUCAGACACAGUCGAGGCCAUCCUUCGAGAUGUCGCCGACACUGAAACUGCUGAUAGAUUGCUGCAGCUGAUUGUCAAGCACAAGCUGGAGGAGAUCAAAAAAGACUUGAACAAAAAGGCAGAGGAGAUUUUGAAACCACACAUUUUUGGACACCCGAUCACAUACAAUCACUACUUGAUCUCCAACGUUCAGGAGAUUCAGGCGACCAGGAAUCAAAAGAAUCUGGAAGAGAAACUGAAAGAAUUUUUUGAAACAAAUAAGAUGGAUAACACGGACCGGAUGUAUCAGUUCAAGAUGACUGAAUUGCUCGGUGCCUUGGCCGAGCACACAGAGCUUGAUAUGGAACGCUACUCUUGCACCAUGGCCAUCGACAUGAUGCAAGCAUACUACAAAGUUGCCUUGAAGACAUUUGUCGAUGCAGUCAGCACACUAGCGGUUGAGCUAUGUCUAGUUCAAAGGCUUCCGUCGAUCCUUUCCCCAGAAGUCAUUUGCAGCUUGACAGAUGACGAGGUAAGGGCAAUUGCUGGAGAAAGCGAUGACAUUGCAGAAGAGAGGGCACAGGCGGCCGAAAAGCUGAGCGUGCUGCAGAGAGCGCUGGAGGAUUUGACCCGGCUCUGGAUGCACCGUGGUUCAACAUAUUCUGAAUAG